AUGUCGCUAUUCUUUUCAGAUAACACAGGACUAGGUGAUAAUCCUCUGACUACAUCUAAUGCGGAAGUUUGGGGCGGUACCUCUUUGCCGCCUGCCAACUCCGGGGCGAAAGGGCUUGAAUCCACUAAGUUGAUUGAGGAUGAGAUUGAUGAAGAACAUCCAUGGGGCCGUCCUGCGGAGAAAGAAAUAAUCCAAGAUUCUAGGGCUGAGCACUCAAUAUACAAUGCUUGGGACACUGACCAGACAAACUUGCAAACAGAAAGCAAGUUUGGCAACGACCCCUCGACAGAUGGUUACCGUUACAAUAACCAGUAUGACACCAUCCCGCGGAAUGGAUUUGAAAGUGCAGCUUCUCACGACCAAAUACAUGCGCCUCCGUCACAAUUCUCCGCGGAAGGACACAUCCAGCAAUCUGCUCUGAAAGCAAACGCAGCCCCCAAACCCAAAUCCAUAUACCCUUCAGGCUACUCUCCUUUUGCUCGAGUAGAAAGUACGGCUCCUCGUGCGGACGCUCCUGAUGACAUCUACGGCAUACCAGAAAAUUUUCUGGAAGUGGAAGUUCGAAACCCUCGAACGCAAGGACAAGGGCGCAAGAUGUAUACGGAGUACGAAGUUGUCACGCGCACAAAUAUUCCUGCCUUCAAAUUGAAAUAUUCCUCUGUCUGGCGUCGUUAUUCCGAUUUUGAUUACUUUCGCGAACUGCUGGAGCGUGAGUCCUCACGUGUGAACAUUCCCCCGCUGCCUGGAAAAGUAUUCACCAAUCGAUUCUCCGAUGAAGUCAUUGAGACCAGGCGCGAAGGCCUUGAACGUUUCCUGCAGAUUGUGGCAGGCCACCCGCUAUUACAAUGGUAA